GUCGCAUUUCCAAAAUUUCCGAAGACGACCCAGAGCUACAAAAACGUAUAGGCAAGCAACUGAGAGAGAAGGCUAAUGGCACAUUUUUUUUGGUGUCGUUGGUUGCGCAGGAGCUCGAGCGAGCUCCUCAGUGGGAACUCGAACAAAUCCUCGCCGACAUGCUUCCGGGUCUAAAUGAACUAUACACGGAUGGUUGAGGACAUCCUGAGACACAAGACAAGUACUCAAGAUUACUGUCUGAAAGUCCUGUCCUCUAUGACCAUAGCUUAUCGUCCUCUGCACCUCGAGGAGCUUCCCAAUAUUUCUGGGCUCCCCCUCCGGUAUUUCCAAAAAAGAGAAGCUGUACUAGCCCUGAUAAGACAUUGCCAAUCAUUCCCAGUAGUAAGGGGUGACUAUAUCCACUUUGUUCAUCAGUCAGGCGGGUCGAGGAGAUAGGCUGGCUCAUUGGCCAACCGAGUAUUGGCCUUUUCUUAUUUAAACUCACGACUUGGCCGUAACUCACAUGAGUGAGUUUAGAGGGCCGAAACUCUUGAGUGAACUCAAAUGCCCAGGUAUGGAUUCCCUCUCUGCUUACGUCUGUCUGGCCCCUGCGGAGG